GAACUUCUUCAAGCUUCUCUUUCUUGCUGGGACAUAUAUAUAUAUAUAUAUAUAUAUCUAAGCAUGAGCCGCACGCUACUCCGGCCGCCCCAGAGCCCCUUCAUUUAGACUGGACGACAAUGUCGCUUUAUGCUGUUUCCGCCGGCUUGUUUUUUAAGGGAAAUUCGUUUCUGAGCUUGUAAGAAGUUUUCUCUGUUCUUGAGGGAGUUUAUAUCCUGUCCGGCUAUAAUAAUUGUGUCUCCAGGAGUUAUCAAAAGAUCAAGGCCGAAACGUCACACAACCCUUGGUUCCUUUCGGAUUUACGUGCAGCAUGGAGCAGCAUAUCGCUUUACUAAAGAAAGUGAGUGCUACCUCCGCAGUCCAGUCUGUCCUCAAUGUGGCUGAUAACCUCCAGCUAAGUCUGAGUCCUGAGCCCACAGCAGAGGAAAUAGGACUGAGCAGCGGUGAGCGGCCGCCCUCUCAUCUGAUCUUCGGGAAUGAAGACUUAAAGCAGAUGUUGGAAAGUAACAAAGACUCCUCCAAACUGGAAGCAAUGAAGAGGAUUAUAGGGAUGAUUUCAGCUGGAAAAAAUGCCUCAGAGUUAUUUCCGGCCGUCGUAAAGAACGUCGCCAGCAAAAAUCUCGAGAUAAAGAAGCUGGUGUACGUUUACCUGGUACGAUAUGCAGAGGAACAGCAAGACUUGGCGCUCUUAUCUAUCGCCACCUUUCAGCGUGGGUUAAAAGAUCCUAACCAACUUAUACGUGCAAGCGCUUUGCGGGGUGAUCUAGUAUCGGUGCCAAUUAUUGUCCCUAUAAUGAUGCUGGCUAAUAAAAAGAAGCCGCAGCAAGACUUGUCUCCCUAUGUGCGGAAGACUGCAGCGCAUGCCAUCCAGAUGCUUUAUAGCCUUGAUCCAGAGCAGAAGGACAUGCUUAUUGAGGUCAUCGAGAAACUUCUUAAAGAUAAAAGCACGCUUGUUGCAGGUAGUGUCGUGAUGGCCUUUGAAGAGGUUUCAGACAGAAUUGACCUGAUUCACAAAAAUUAUCGCAAACUGUGUAACCUGCUGGUGGAUGUGGAGGAAUGGGGUCAGGUGGUUAUAAUUCACAUGCUGACUCGAUAUGCUCGUACUCAGUUAUCAGCCCGUGGACAGAGUGGUGAUGUGUCUCUUGUGAACACGCCACCAGUCAUUGGCUGCAGCGGAGUAGGUGAUCAAUCUGGAGAGGAAGUAAACAAGCUGAAGACCGGGAAGAUGGACCCACGGGAGCAAGUGCGCAGGAUCGGAGCUGCAGGUAGCAGGCAAACCUAUGUAAAAAGCCAGGACAAGCAGUUUGCCGCAGCCACCAUUCAGGCGAUAGGACGCUGCGCCACCAAUAUAUCUGCUGUGACUGACACAUGUCUUAAUGGCCUUGUGUACCUAUUGUCAAAAAGGGACGAUAUUGUGGUCGCAGAAAGUGUGGUGGUCAUUAAAAAUCUCCUACAAACUCAGCCGAGUCAGCAUGGUGAAAUAAUCAAACACAUGGCGAAGCUCCUUGACAAAAUUACUGUUCCUAUGGCAAGGGCCAGCAUUCUGUGGCUUAUUGGCGAGUAUUGUGAGCGAGUGCCUAAAAUUGCACCUGAUGUGCUGAGGAAGAUGGCAAAGAGCUUCAUUAAUGAGGAUGACCUUGUCAAGCUGCAGAUAUUAAACCUUGCAGCAAAGCUGUACUUAACCAAUUCCAAACAGACAAAAUUGCUUACCCAGUACAUACUAAAUCUCGGCAAAUAUGAUCAGAAUUACGAUAUCCGGGACCGCACGCGCUUUAUAAGGCAGCUCAUUGUUCCAAACGAGAAGAGUGGCGCCCUGAGUAAAUACGCCAAGAGAAUAUUUCUUGCCCAGAAACCAGCUCCCGUUCUAGAAUCUCCUUUCAAAGAUCGAGACCGUUUCCAGCUGGGUACGCUGUCUCACACGCUGAAUGCUAAGGCAUCUGGGUACUUGGAGCUGUCCGACUGGCCAGAGGUGGCGCCAGAUCCCUCUGUCCGGAAUGUGGAAGUUAUUGAACCGGCUAAAACGUGGACUAAUUCAGUGGGAAAGCCUAAGAAAGGGAAGGCUACUUCAGAUAAGUUUUACUCCUCUGAAGAAGAGAAAGAAGAGGAUAAUGAGUCUGCAGCCAGCAGUGAUGAAGAAUCUGGUAGCAAGGAGGAUAGCGAUGAUCAAGAGGAAAGUAGCAGUGAGGAAAGUGAGGAGGACUCGUCAAGUGAGGAGGAAAAGUCAAGCCAUGAAGACUACCCUAAAAAAGGGAAGAAAACUAGAAAUGAUAGUGAAUCUGACGCUGAAAAUAAUGGAAACCCCAAACAGAGUGAUGGUUCAAGCUCUUCGUCCUCUGGUGGAAGUUCGGAGUCUGACUCUUCAUCAGAAUCUGGAGAGGACAGUGAAUCUGAGCCAGAGGCACCUAGAAAUAGGACCAAAUCCAAGAAAACUGAAAGUAAACCUGCCAAAGAACCUGCCAGGAAAAAAGACAUAUCCCUUCUAGACCUAGACGACUUUAAUGAUGUGUUGCCUCCAGUAGCUCUUCCCAAACCUGCCAUCCUUUCUCCCAGUUUAAUAUCAGACCUGCAAGGUUUAACCCUCUCCACUCCAUCUCCAUUAAUAAACGUGUACUUGCCAUCUUUUGUCCCUUCAAAGACCCAUGAACUUCUCCAUCGAAUGAGUGGCAAGGGUCUGGCAGCCCAAUACUACUUCCCACGACAUCCGUGUAUUUUUGGAGCUCAAAUGGUCUCCGUGCAAAUUACUUUUAACAAUUCCAGUGACAAAGAAAUAGAAGACAUUCACAUAGAAGAGCAGAAAUCUGAUCUGAAGAUGCAUUUGUUCAGCCCAGUAGAUUCUCUGGAGCCAGAGGGAUCCAUUACUGUCUCAAUGGGUAUUGACUUUUGUGAUUCCACUCAGACUGCCAGCUUCCAGUUGUGCACCAAAGAUGACCGAUUUUCUGUUUCAAUACAACCACCACCCGGAGAACUUCUCUUACCAGUAACCAUGUCAGAAACAGACCUUAAGAAAGAGCAGGCAAAGCUAACAGGUAUGAAUGAAAGCUCAGCGACUAUAACUGUAUCUCCACACAACAGUACACCACAGGGGGUGGUACAGAAGUUUUUGGCAGCUGCCAACCUAGGGGUUGUACCCUCAGGCCAAAACAAUGUACACAGAUUUGCAGCAAAGACUGUGCACAGUGGGUCAUUGAUGCUGGUCACAGUGGAGCUGAAGGAAGGCUCUACAGCUCGGCUCAUCAUAAACACAGAGAAGACGGUGAUUGGCUCCGUUCUGCUGCGGGAGCUGAAGCCUGUCCUGUCCCAGGGGUAACCAGCUUACAUCUGGACUUCAGAAUCUGGCACAAAACAAAAGUGCCUGGCAUCAACUACUGCUGCCUUUCAUUUAUAAUAAUAGCCCUUCCAUCUGGCAGUAGUGGGAAGAAUACACCCUGGACAAUCUUGUCUCCUGCUUCAGAAUGCUAGUAUCUAUCAUGUAUGCAAGCCCUUGUGAUAGCGGAGCUUGCUAACCAAAGAUCAUACAUUUUUAUGUCAUUUUUCUCUGCCAUUUGUUACAUUUACUAGCAGUAAACCUUUGUUUUCUUUGUAAUACCGGUCCACUAAGCACCUUGGGUCUGGGUAAGACAUUUCUGCAGUCUGCCACUUGAGAUAUGUCCAUGGUACUAAAGUGGGCAUGACUGAACAUUUGACAUUCUCACAUAUUUGGUAAAAUAAAAAUGGAAUCUGUUACCACCAGGUUUUUAUACGAUUGUGAUCAUUCCUGCUUUCAUUUCAUGAAUAAAUGUUAUUGAACAUGA